AUGGCGAAACGCGAAGGAUACCUACCUGUCUCUUCUUCGGAAGAUGAUGUUGAUGCCAUGGAACCUGUGAACAGAUCUCAGUCGCGACUGCGGAGGAUUGCUAAGGGCUCUAUUGUCGCAUUGUCCGUGCUUGGGGCCUUAGUCCCAGCUGGCGAUACUCACUACUACAUGCAGUUCGACAAAACAUUUCCCCAAAGACCUAAUGAGGAGAGUGACGCUGCAUGGGCCUCUCUGUUCCCGGAGAAGCUUGGUUUCGUUCAGCAUCCAGUCCUUGCACCAAACGUAGCUGGCAUUGCUGCCUUUCACGAAUUACACUGCCUUAACAUGCUACGUCAAGCUUUCUGGGCUUCCGUAGAUGGCAAACUUGAGGAGAUGGGUGAUGAAUCGAGGGAGAAGAACCACCGCACCAGCCAUCACCAUGUGCGACACUGCUUCGAAUACCUCCGGCAAUCACUGAUCUGUCUCGCCGACUCUAAUCUGGAGAUGAUGAACUACACAGCACGAGGAAUUUCUGGAUGGCAGACUGAGAGAACAUGCAGGAACUUUGACGAGCUAAGCGAUUGGGCUAAUGAGUGGGGCAUUUCCAGGGCAGAUGCUCUUCACAAUCACGAUCUUCACGCAAACUUUGUCAAUGAGACGCGGGGGCUGUGA